GACACAAUGAUAGGACUGUCAGCCCCACACUGCUUCCUCCCUUUACUUCCUUCCAUCCCUACUUUACCUAUCACAUUGAGACAGCUUUUAGUGACUGGUUUGUAGGUGGAGCAACAGGCCAACCUUGUUCAAGCAGGAAUUUCAAAAAGUUCAGUUGGACCUUCUGUUUGCUGGGAGUAAGAGACGAAGGUGAAAGAGAGAAAAAAAAAACAUUUAGUCAACAUGAGUGAAAGGGAGCCUUUGAAUCAUGAACUUUCCAAGUUGUUCAAUCAACUAUGGGACGCAGAUGUUAACCGCUUUGUGCCUGGAAAAGACUAUACAAUUUCCUUACAGGGGAAAGCUGGCUUUGUUCAGCAGGGAAGUAAUAUUGCCAGAGACAGUGCAUCCGAACCUCUGUUUCACAAUGUAAAUGAACAACGUCUGAAGAACACAAAAACCUAUUCAACCUUUGUUUCACUGUUGGAUAAUUAUGAAGCAUCAACUGGCAUGGCUGAGCUGGUGACUUCAGAGGAAACAGCAGAAAAUAAUCGUUUUCUUGAUGCAGUUUUAGAAACUGAAGUGAUGAAAAUUGCUCUUCAGUAUUUAGUUGGAAAAAACUGGACAAAACCAGAUCUUAAGAAUUUCAAGUCUCAGCUCUAUGAUAUUUGGUUUCACCUCUACAGCAGGGAAAGAGGAAAUGGACCUGACUCCUGUGGCUUUGAGCAUGUGUUUGUUGGAGAAACUAAACGGGGACACGAGAUCCUGGGACUGCAUAACUGGGUGCAGUUUUACCUCCAAGAAAAGCUUAAGCACAUUGACUACAAGGGCUAUGUGGCCAGGCAAAACAAAAGUAGGCCUGAUGAAGAUGACCAGGUGUUAAGUCUUCAGUUCAGCUGGAAGGGACUGGUAAAACCUGUGGGAAGCAGCUUCAUUGGUGUUAGUCCUGAGUUCGAAUUUGCACUUUAUACAAUCAUUUUUCUACAGUCCAAUGAAAGAGUUACACGUCAGAGAGUGAGAAUAGAGGAAUAUGAACUGGAGAUAGUUGUCUACCGCCAUGGAAGGUACAUAGGAACAGCUUAUCCAGUCCUCCUCAGCAGCAAUAAUGAAGAUUUAUAUUAAAAGCCUCCAAAAGAAAUUCUGAAAAGAACCUUGUUUUAAAAUUAUUCUGUCAUCUAACUUUAAAGUAUUUUCACUGACUAUUAUUUAACAUGUUUAUUUUGUUUUAAAAUGUUUCUUGUGUGGGAAUACUAUAGUGAAAUACAACUGCAUAUCUGUAUAUAGUAAUGUGUGUGGUUAAUGCGCAUCAGUAUAUGACUUUGAACUCUUUCCACCACUCUCCCCUUUGAUUUUCAGUAAUCUUGAAAGCCAAUCAAGUCUUUAAUUUAUGUGAAAUUUUCUGACCUUCUUGACCUUUGACUUCCUUGACUAUUUAUAAAAAAAUUAAAAGCUUUUAUGUUUAUCUUCCA